AUCUCUUCCUAAAUCGCUAUUCAAUCAUGUCUCAAAUUUCAGCAUGAGAUUUACGUCCUUUUUAGUAGCCCAGAAGCUCUAGGUGCUAUGCCAUAUUUUUAUUUUUGUUGGUUUUAACUUUGCCAUUUUUAACAUUAAAAUAAACAUUGAUAAAAACUUUGUACGAUAUCAUACAUAUUAAUGGAGGAAACUUUUAUUCGUCUCCUUAACUACACGACACAAGACCGGUUGCCAUGUUUUCAUCGACUUCGAGCUAAUGAUAAAAAAUAAUCAAAAGACAGAACAACAGUGUUAAUGCUAGCCUUAAGCAUCUUCAAACAUUUUAUUCCGGCUUCAAUUUUAUUUAUUUAUUUAUUUUCAUGCUCUCUUGUAAUAACCUAUUGAUAAUAGCUUCUUCAUAUUCUUUUAUUAUAUUUUUAUUUCCUCAACCGACAUAUAGAACUCCUUUUGAGUUUAUGUUUUGACAAUUCCUAAGUUGUUGUUAAAUGUCCAAAGAAACAAACCGAGUCAUUUCCGCAAGUAAUAACCCGCAUUUACACUAACACUUUACCAAAUGGGAAAAUCUAGUUGUUUUGUCCAUUCUUCUAUUGUUUUUCUUCUUCUACUUGUUUGUAAUGUCUCUGUUUCAGAGACAACAUCAACAGCAGAAUCAUUGUACACCUCUUUCAUUCAUUGUUUAACAAACCAAACAAAAUCUUCAGACCAAUUCUCCAACACACUCUUUUCUCAAACCAACGCUUCUUUUUCUUCUGUUCUCCAAGCUUAUAUUCGUAAUGCUAGAUUAAACACCACUUCAACUCCAAAGCCUUUACUAAUCAUCACUCCUCUUCAAGAAUCACACGUCCAAUCUACUGUAUUUUGCUCCAAAACCAUUGGAAUUCAACUCAAAAUAAGGAGUGGUGGACAUGACUUUGAGGGUCUUUCAUAUGUCUCCAACCAACCCUUCAUUAUUCUUGACAUGUUCCAAUUCAGGAAUAUCAGUGUUGAUAUACAAAACGAGGUUGCUGUGGUUCAAUCUGGUGCCACUCUUGGUGAAUUUUAUUAUAGGAUAUGGGAGAAGAGUAAAGUUCAUGGCUUUCCUUCUGGGGUUUGUCCUACUGUUGGUGUUGGUGGCCACUUCAGUGGUGGAGGGUAUGGUAACAUGAUGAGAGAAUUUGGGUUAUCAAUUGAUAAUAUUAUUGAUGCUAAAAUUGUUGAUGUUAAUGGUAGGAUUCUUGAUAAGAACACUAUGGGGGAAGAUUUUUUUUGGGCUAUUAGAGGAGGUGGAGGAUCAAGUUUUGGUGUUAUCUUAUCAUAUACUGUAAAGUUGGUUCUUGUACCUGAAGUUGUUACUGUUUUUCGUGUUGCGAAGAAUUUGGAUCAGAAUGCAACUGAGCUUGUUUUCCAGUGGCAGCAAGUUGCGCCGCAUACCGAUGAUAGGCUUUUCAUGCGGCUUCUCUUGCAGCCUGUGAGUUCUAAGGUUGUGAAAGGGGAGAUAACAGUAAGAGCCACUGUUAUGGCAUUGUUUCUUGGAGGAGCUGAUGAAAUUGUCACACUCUUGGGGAAGGAGUUUCCUUCUCUUGGUUUAAACAAAGAAAAAUGUUCUGAAAUGAGUUGGAUUGAUUCUGUGCUUUGGUGGGCUAGUUUUGGCAAUGAUUCAAAACCAGAUGUGCUUCUUGACAGGAAAAUCGACUCGGCGAAAUUUUUCAAGAGGAAAUCUGAUUAUGUUCAGGAUCCAAUUCCAAAAGAUGGGUUGGAAGGGAUAUGGAAGAAGGUGAUUGAAUUGGGAAAAGUAGGAUUGGUUUUCAAUCCUUAUGGUGGAAAAAUGAAUUUGAUACCAUCUAAUGCUACCGCGUUUCCUCACCGUGAAGGGAAUCUGUUCAAGAUUCAGUAUUCGGUGAAUUGGGAGGAACCUGGAAUUGAUGUAGAAAAUAAUUUUACAAAUCAGGCUAGAAUGCUAUAUAAUUACAUGACACCUUUUGUGUCCAAUAAUCCAAGAAGAGCCUUCUUAAAUUAUAGGGACCUUGAUAUUGGUAUCAAUGAUUUUGGAAAUAGUAGCUAUGAACAAGGGGUUGUUUAUGGAGCGAAGUAUUUCAAUAACAACUUUGAGAGGCUGGUCAAGAUCAAAACUGUAGUUGAUCCAGAAAACUUCUUCAGGAAUGAACAGAGUAUUCCAACUCACCCUGGUUUCGACUCCGGUGCCGGUACUUCUGGUGCAGACAAAUUGUUACAUUCCAGCUUGUAUAGAAAACUUAUGGUAAAGGUGUUAGUUGUAUGGUUUCUCAUCCUUGAGUUGUUCAUCUGAUUAUUGUAAUUAUACAUGCACAUAUUUAGAUUAAAACUUCAUAUAAUGAAGCUAAACUCUUCUGUUUAUUUGAUUAAAACCUUAAAAGUGUGUUUGCAAAGAAUUUUGUCUCCAAAAAUGGGUAUGCCACUGUCAGUAGAUCAGUAAUAAUCACAUUGGCAACUGGUUUCGGUUGAGAAAGAAAAGAAAUACAAUGAAUUUUAUACAGAAGUAACUCCUCUAUGUGUACAUAUUUCUGCGAUUAGACAAUUCUCGGAAAAGUCUUCGAAUUUUAAUUAAGUUUAACUCAAUUCACAAUACCAACCUUUAAUCACUAAUUUGAUCAUAUCACUAAUUGAUAU